AUGUCGCCUCCUACACAAACCAAAACCACGAUUUCCCCCAUUUCAGCCACUAUCGCCAACAACAAACACCUGAACCACCACUCUAUCCUAAUCCACCAGCACCUCUCCAUCGACAGCACAACAACGAUUUCUCACCAUCAACGGUACCUCUACAGCCGACAGCUACAAGUACACCACCAUCUUCAUGUUCUUUAUGCCCCUUUCUCUUCUCUAUUUGUUUCUCCCUCAAAAAAUCUAGAUCUAAUAACCACCCACGACUCCACAGCCUCCCAUUUCACUCUUUUGUGUUUCUGA